AGCUCAAAUCUGGAGACGUUUUCUAACUCCCAUGGCUAUUCAGAGAAUUCCCCAUUUCCCCCACCCGACCGCUCAUCCCCGUCGCUCUUCUCGGCCCCUCAGUGACAAAAACCUUUCCCUAGCCCCGUAAGCUCGGCGGCGUCGGACUGAGGACGGCGAUUACCCGGUGACGGCGGUGGCGCAGGAGCGACGGCGGCGACGUUCCUUUGGCUGAGGAGAGGCAGGACUCAGGAGCGAUGGCGUGGGCGAUCGAGCGACGUAGAACAGAUAUGUUUGAAUAAAUAUUCACUGUGUUUUUCUGAAAUCCUAAAGCAUGCAGGAAUAUGGUUGAAAUCCUAAAGCAUGCACCUCUAAUAAAUAUGGUUGAAGUUUAUUGAUUAUUUCCAUGGGUUGAAGAUGUAUGGUUAUUGUAGGAGUUUUGGCUUGAAGGUAACCGUCUAGAGCAGGAAUAAUAUUGGUAAAUAAUAGUAAACACACCAUAUGGAUGGAUCCUUAGUAAAUACUAAAACGAUGGACAGUUCAGUGUGAAGCACAAAGACCAUGGAUAGGUCAUUAGAAGGAAGUGUGGCUUCUAAUGUAUUGGGAGAAGGUACGAAUGGAAUAAACAAAUUAACAAAAAGAAUUAGUGCCUCUUUAAAAAAUGAAAUUUGCCUCAAUGGAGCAGAGGGAAUAGCCACUGCUGUAGAUGAUUCCAAGCAACAUAACAUGUAGUUGACAGAGAUACGACAGGAAGAAGUACAAUUGGUGUUGAUGGAUCUGUAAAAAAUACUGGAAACGUGGAUCCACUAGUGAAAAAGGUGUAUGAGACAACUGAUUAUCUACGGCUGGAACCGAAGGUGGGUAUGGUUUUUCACUUUGAAGAGGAAGCAUUUAAUUUCUAUAAUUCAUAUGCUAAAAGAAAAGGUUUUAGCAUACGCAAGGGGCAUCUUUCUCGAAGAAGAGAUAAUAGCAUACGUGAUAGACACUAUGUAUGUAGCAAUGAAGGUACUCGUCAAGAGCAUCACACUCAUGUAACUAAGAAACCUCGACCGUUGGAGAGAACAAAAUGUUUGGCUCGUAUUGAGUUCAAAGUGAACCGUUGUAAUGCAUGGGUAAUAAAUAAGUUUGUUGAAGAGCAUAAUCAUCCACUUUCAAGCCCAAAUAAGAUACACAUGUUGCGUUCUCAUAGAAAGAAAUUACUUGUUGAACGGGCAAAUUUUACUGAAGCAGAUUACUAAUGUGGGGUUAAACCAUCUCAGAUGCAUGAUAAUCAUUCAAAGGAGUUACAUGGCACAGAAGAUAAUGAAUUACAUAUGAAGAAUCAGUCAUUCUUGAGCACUACAAGGCUUAGGGAUCUUGAGAAAGGAGAUGCACAGUUCGUUCUAGAUUUUCUGAAAAAUAAACAGUCUGAUGAUCCAUCAUUUUUCUAUGCAGUACAAAUUGAUGAAAAGGAACGCUUGACCAAUUUCUUCUGGGUAGAUGGACAGUCUAAAAAUGAUGUUGCCUACUUUGGGGAUGCAUUCUUGUUUGACACAACCUAUCGGACGAGCAGUUUUGACAUACCUUUUGCAGCAUUUGUUGGUGUGAAUCAUCAUAAGCAAAUUGUUAUAUUUGGGAAUGCAUUACUUCUGAGUGAUUCUGUUGGAUCCUUCAUUUGGCUAUUUAAUACUUUUGUGGCUGCUAUGUCUGGAAGAAAACCAAAAACAAUUUUCACAGAUCAAUGUGCUGAAUUAUCCCAAGCAGUUACUAUGUCUUUCCAUGAUGCAUCCCAUCAGUUUUGUUUAUGGCAUAUAUUAAAAAAUGUUCCCAAAAACCAUUCUGUGUUCAAUUGUGAACUCAACUUUCACAAAGAUUUUGAAGAUUGCAUAUUUGGAGGUAGCUCUGAAGAAGUUUUCAGUAAGCUAUGGGACAACUUGCUUUCUAAACAUGGUCUUGGAAGUAGUGUAUGGUUGAAGGAUUUGUACCUGAGCAGAAAGAAAUGGGCUCUUCCUUACCUUAACAGUUCAUUUUGUGCUACCAUGAUGACAAAACAAUGGGCUGAAAGCAUGGAUAAUCUCUUUAAGAUUCAUUUCUACAGGAAAUUGCCUCUUCCAAAAUUUAUUGCACAAUACUUCAAGGCCUUAACUCAACUACGUGAGAAGGAACUUAUUGAAGAUUACGAAUCUAGGCAAACUAAACCUGCCUUAUUGGUUGAUAUACCUGUUCUAGCUGAAGCCGCAGAAUCAUAUACGAGGAGAAUAUAUGUGGAUUUUGAAUACGAGUAUAAGAGCCAACUUGCUUGCCUAUAUGAACUUACUGCGAUGAAUGGGACAAUAUAUACUUUCAGUCUCAGUUCCUCAAAAGUGCACUGGGAUUGUUGAGUUUAGUCCGUCCAAUCUUACAAUUAAAUGUAGCUGCAAGAAGUUUGAAUCAAUGGGUGUCUUGUGUAUGCAUGCUUUGAAGGUUCUUAAUAAUAAUAACAUUCUCUUCCUACCUCCUCAGUAUAUUUUGAGAUGGACCAAGUAUGCCAAAGAUGGCAUAGUGUAUAGUGUACCACCAUAAGUAGAGGACUCCAGUGCCCCAGAUUCAUUGACUUUGAGAAAGUCACAUGUGUCACAAGUCAGUUGCAGUAAAAUUUCUCCUUCCAAAGAUGCCCUUGAGAUUCUUGAACAUGGACUCGAUAGAUUCAUUUCAGAAAUGGAAAAUAUUUUACAUGGUGCUCCUUGGACCAAACAAUCACAAAAUAUAAACAUUGUUGAUGAUGUGCAACAGAACACAUUAGAAACAAGUGGUAUUUGUUUUGAUGGUUUUGAGUUUUCUGUUAGAUGACAGUAGAUUCAAUUAUCUGUUGAAAUCCUACAUGUGGUCCAUCUCCAACUUGAGGCACUUAUACAAGUUUCUGUUUGCAGCGACUUGGUAGACUCACUGAUCGACUCUUUUACUAUAAAUGUUGGGCAAUCUUGAUUCUUGAAGCAUAUCAUUUAACUCAUUGGAGCCACUUGAU